AAACACAAUUUUACCUGGAUGCCCUCCCGGCUGAUCAGGAAUCAGCUCGGUCGGUUGACUGGCUCUGCCGAAGGCAAGACCUUCGGAAAAUCAGGAGGCGCCACCGCCUGGCCCCUCCCCCCACCGACAUCUCCGGAGGGGAGAAAAGGGUUAAGGAUUAUUGAAGAAUCGAGCAGAGGGGAGGGAGCCCCGAGGAGGCCGGGGAGCUGCAGGCCGCGCCUCCAGGUCCGGCUUUCAUCACAGAGCAGCGCGCGUGGAGCUCUGAGCGCGGCUGUGGAUUUGGAGGACGGAUGCGGCUGCCAAUUUCUGGGACCACGGCGGAGAGGAGUGGGCGUGGCCUCGGCGGUGUGGAUGCUCGUUAGAAAAGAUGCUGGGCGCUUUUCAGGGAGCAGUCAGGGCUGUGGUGUGUGUGUGUUUGUGUGUGUGAGAGUGAGAGGGAGGGAAGGAGAGAGGGAGAGAGAGAGAGGAAGAGAGAGAGGGAGGGAGGGUGGGAGGGAGGAAAAGAGAGAGAGAGAGAGAAGGGAAAGAAGGAGAGAGGCUGAGAGACCCAGAGGUGCCGAAGACCCAGACAGAACUGGGAGAGGGACAGAGAACGCGACCCGAUCCCUUGGAGAGCCACUCAAGAUCUUUUGGGGAGGCCAGAUAAAUGUGAACAUGGGGUCUGUCACCGGAGCUGUCCUCAAGAUGCUACUUCUGCUAUCUACUCCAAAUUGGAACAGGGUUUUAGCUGGGAAUUCCUAUGAUUGCGAUGCCCCUUUGGUGUCUGCCUUGUCUCAGGCAUCAUUCAGCAGUUCAUCUGAGCUUUCUAGCAGCCAUGGUCCUGGAUUUGCAAGACUAAACCGAAGAGAUGGAGCUGGUGGCUGGUCUCCACUUGUGUCAAACAAAUACCAGUGGUUGCAGAUUGACCUUGGAGAGAGAAUGGAGAUCACCUCUGUGGCCACCCAAGGGGGAUAUGGGAGCUCCAACUGGGUGACCAGCUAUCUGCUGAUGUUCAGUGACAGUGGCAGGAACUGGAAGCAGUAUCGGCAAGAGGACAGUAUCUGGGGAUUUGCAGGAAAUGCAAAUGCAGACAGCGUUGUCUACUGUAGACUCCAGCCUUCCAUCAAAGCCAGAUUUCUACGCUUCAUUCCUUUAGAGUGGAACCCCAAGGGCAGAAUUGGAAUGCGAAUCGAGGUGUUUGGAUGUGCAUAUAGAUCAGAGGUGGUUGACCUUGAUGGAAAAAGUUCCCUUCUCUACAGAUUUGACCAAAAAUCCCUGAGCCCAAUAAAGGAUAUAAUUUCUUUGAAAUUUAAAACCACGCAGAGUUAUGGGGUUCUGCUGCACUGGGAAGGGUUAAAUGGAGAUCACAUCACACUGGAAUUAAGAAGAGGAAAACUCUAUUUUCUCAUUAAUUCAGGUGAUGCUAAACUGGCCUCCUCUCACGCCCCUACCAGCCUCACCCUGGGCAGCCUGCUGGACGACCAGCACUGGCAUUCCGUGCUCAUCCAGCGCUUGGGCAGACAAGUCAACUUGACAGUGGAUGAACAUAAGCAUCAUUUCCACGCCCAGGGAGAAUUCGGUUACCUGCAUCUUGAUUAUGAGAUCAGCUUUGGAGGGAUUCCAGCACCUGGAAAAUCAGUGUCAUUUCCCCAUAAAAAUUUUCAUGGGUGUUUAGAAAAUCUCUAUUAUAAUGGAGUGGAUAUUAUUGAUUUGGCCAAGCAACAAAACCCACAGAUCAUCAUUAUGGGAAAUGUGUCAUUUUCUUGUUCACAACCACAGUCUGUGCCUGUGACUUUUCUGAGCCCCAGGAGUUACUUAGCUCUGCCAGGAGCUUCCAGGGAAGAUGAGGUUUCUGCCACUUUUCAAUUUCGAACGUGGAAUAAGGCAGGGCUUCUGCUAUUCAGUGAGCUUCAACUGGUUUCAGGGGGUCUCCUCCUCUUUCUUAAUGAUGGAAAACUUAAGCUGAAUCUCUACCGUCCAGGAAAAUUACCCAGUGACAUCACAGCAGGUGUUGGAUUAAAUGAUGGACAAUGGCAUUCUGUCUCCUUAUUUGCCAAAAGGAAUUACCUGAGUGUGACGGUAGAUGGCCAGGUGGCUUCUGCUGCUCCUUCCAUGGGGCCUGAGCACAUUUAUUCAGGUGGCAGCUAUUAUUUUGGAGGGUGUCCUGACAACAGUGUCGCAUCCAAAUGUAGAAGCCCACUCAGUGGGUUUCAGGGAUGUAUGAGACUCAUUUCUAUCAGUCACAAGGUGGUAGAUCUGAUUUCAGUCCAGCAGGGGUCCCUUGGGAACUUCAGUGACCUUCAGAUCGACUCCUGUGGAAUCACGGACAGGUGUUUGCCCAACUACUGUGAACACGGAGGUGAAUGCUCCCAGUCCUGGGACACCUUUCACUGCAACUGUGCAAACACUGGUUACAGCGGAGCCACUUGCCACAACUCUAUCUAUGAGCAGUCAUGUGAAGCCUAUAAGCAUAGAGGAAACACUUCAGGGUUUUACUAUAUAGAUUCAGAUGGAAGUGGUCCUCUGGAACCAUUUCUUCUAUAUUGCAAUAUGACUGAAACGGCGUGGACCAUCAUACAGCACAAUGGCUCUGACAUAACGAGAGUCCGAAACACCAAUCCCGAGAACCCCUACGCCGGGUCUUUCAAGUACGUGGCCAGCCUGGAGCAGCUCCAGGCCACAAUCAACCAUGCAGAGUACUGCGAGCAGGAGUUGACCUACUACUGCAGGAAGUCACGACUUGUGAACGAGAAAGAUGGAACCCCUCUGAGUUGGUGGGUUGGAAGAACCAACGAAACACAGACUUACUGGGGAGGUUCUCUGCCUGAUCUUCAAAAAUGUGCUUGUGGACUAGAGGGGAACUGCAUUGACUCCCAGUAUUCCUGCAACUGUGAUGCUGACCGGAAUGAAUGGACCAAUGACACGGGAUUCCUUUCUUAUAAAGAACAUCUGCCUGUGACUAAGAUUGUGAUCACAGAUACCCAUCGACCGCAUUCCGAAGCCGCUUAUAAACUCGGGCCUCUGCUCUGCCGGGGAGACAGAUUAUUUUGGAAUUCAGCUUCCUUCAAUACUGAGGCUUCAUACCUUCAUUUUCCUACUUUCCACGGAGAACUUAGUGCAGAUGUGUCUUUCUUUUUUAAGACAACAGCUUCAUCUGGGGUAUUUUUAGAGAACCUGGGGAUUACCGACUAUAUCCGGAUAGAGCUACGCUCUCCUGCAGUCGUGACGUUUUCAUUUGAUGUGGGAAACGGGCCUUCUGAAAUCUCAGUGCAGUCACCCACUCACUUCAACGACAACCAGUGGCACCACGUUCGGGUUGAAAGGAACAUAAAGGAGGCGUCUGUGCAAGUGGAUCAGCUCUCGCCCAGGAGGCAGCCUGCUCCGGCCGAUGGGCAUGUCCUCUUACAGCUCAACAGUCAGCUCUUUGUAGGUGGGACGGCCACCCGACAGAGGGGCUUUCUGGGUUGCAUUCGGUCCUUGCAGUUGAACGGCGUGGCGUUGGACCUGGAAGAAAGAGCCAAGGUCACUCCCGGAGUGGAGCCAGGCUGUAGAGGGCACUGCAGCAGCUAUGGGAAACUGUGCCACCAUGGAGGGAAGUGCAGGGAGAAGCCCAGUGGCUUCUCUUGUGAUUGCACCUCAUCUGCAUACACAGGACCAUUCUGCUCUGAUGAGAUUUCUGCCUAUUUUGGAUCUGGUGCAUCCAUCAUUUACAAUUUUCAAGAAAAUUACUCCUUAAGUAAAAAUUCCAGCUCCCACGCUGCCUCGUUUCAGGGUGACGUGAAGCUCAGCCGGGAAACCAUCAAGUUUAGCUUCCGCACGACACGGACGCCAAGCUUGCUGCUCUACGUGAGCUCCUUUUAUAAAGAAUACCUUUCAGUUAUCAUUGCCAGAAAUGGAAGUUUGCAGAUCAGGUACAAGCUAAAUAGAUAUCAAGAGCCCGAUGUUGUUAACUUCGAUUUCAAAAACAUGGCUGAUGGGCAACUUCACCACAUAAAGAUCAACAGAGAAGAAGCCGUGGUCUUUGUGGAGAUUGACGAGAAUGCCAGGAGACAAGUCCACCUGGCAUCAGGUACAGAACUCAGCGCAAUCAGAUCUCUCGUACUGGGCAGGAUUCUAGAACACAGCGAGGUGGACCAGGAAACUGCGCUGGCUGGUGCCCAGGGCUUCUUGGGCUGUCUCUCUGCAGUGCAGCUCAGCCACGUGGCCCCGCUGAAGGCUGCGUUGCACCCCAGCCGCCCAGCCCCCAUCACCAUCUUAGGGCAUGUGACAGAGUCCAGCUGUGUGGCCCAGGCUGGCACUGAUGCCACAUCAAGAGAGAGGACGCACUCCUUUGCAGAUCAUUCUGGAACAAGAGAUGGCAGAGAACCCCUCACUAAUACAAUCAAAAGUGACUCUGCAAUAAUUGGAGGUUUGAUCGCCGUUGUGAUCUUUAUCUUGCUGUGCAUCACUGCCAUAGCCGUUCGCAUUUAUCAACAGAAAAGGUUAUACAAAAGAAAUGAGGCAAAAAGGUCAGAGAAUGUAGACAGUGCUGAGGCUGUUUUGAAAAGUGAGCUUAACAUACAACACGCAGUCGGCGAAAAUCAGAAAGAGUACUUCUUCUGAUUGGCAGCCAUGAUUUACCUUAUAAUUACGACAGUCUGAUUUAAAAGCCAGGGCUCUCAACGGACAAAAAAAAAAAAAAAAAAAAGUUCUUAUACUGAAUGUACAGGCAAUGGAUUUGCAGCACUGCCACGUUGCCGUGUCCAGACGCGAGCUGGCUCCAGGAGGCCUCAUCCAGUGACACAUCUCCCAUCACAGUCAUUCUGUGCAACAAGGAAUUAGCUGUUGCUGCUCAUUUCCCACGGUUCCGAUAUGACCUAAAAUAGAAGUGUAACACGCACUCAGUGACUACGGUUUUUCAACGUGAAAACUGUAGCUCCGGUCUCGCACCCAUGUGAUACCCAAGUUUUGUUAGAGGUAAAGAUCAAAAUUGGACCGUAAUGACCUUGCUUUAUUUGAGAACAUAUGCUGUGUUUGCUUUAGUGUCCCCAUGGUGUUCUUCAUAGACCUGGAAAUGCUUCUAAGAUCCUGUUUGGCUGGUGUUUGCAUCUUCAGUGGCCAAAAGUAUAUAAACCCCUUUGCCUUUCUCUGUAUUGCAUUCAAUACAAUUUAUCGGUAGUCUCGAAAGAUGUUUUGUUGUCAUUGGUUUGUUUGGAUUGCUCUUUUUCUACUUGGCCCUUCUCAACGAUUUUGCAAACAUUAGGUUUUGAGUGUCAGACUGCAGCCUUGAACAUAAAAUUCAUGGAUACCAAGACGGAGAAAGUGCAUUGGCCAUCAGUAUGUGAUGUCUUAUUUUUUUUCCACUUAUUUCUUUAAAGAUUUGCUACCGUGGUUCAGCAUUGGCAGUAGGGAAGGCCUUGGGUAAUGCCAGUUUCCCAAAGAAUGUGAAAUGUUUGCAAGUAAACUUGAUAUGAGAACCGUAGUUCUUUCUUAACACCGCGAAGAAUUAUUUUUAUUUACAACUUCAAUAUCUCAAAUGAAAUAUACUUCCCAGAAUACACCCCCCCAAACCUUAUGUCAGUUUUCCUUACAGGUUUAUACUUGUUUUCCUAAAGUUUGUGGCCAACUUUUCUUUGGUCUCCCUUGACCAUAUUCCAUGGAGCAUCUUCGUAUAUGUUAGACAAAAGAGACAGCGUCGUGUACUCCGUUCCCCAUUCUAAACUCUACCCCCAUGUCAGGCAUCUAUUUUGCUCUGCACUGACCUCCAAGACAAACGUUUUAGAAUAUAAGCUGCAGCCAUGUCCCCUUUUUUGCAAAACCAGUAGCAUCAUGAAAGAAUGCUUCUUAUAGGGGGUGAUGGCAUAUUAUGUGUAACUUUCUAAGUUUGUCAUUCUAGUCCCUUCUCAUUUAUGACAAUGGCAGAAAUUUCUCAACAAGUCCCCCAAGUCAAUAAAACUUACUAACUAGUACAUUCUGAUUACGGGAUAUAGACAUAGCAGAAGAUCAAAUAAUUCUCAAUAAUUUUAGAAACUGUUACAAAAAAAAUGAUUAUCUUUGAGGCCAGGUAAACAAGAUGCUGGCCUGUAGCUAUCUUUAAAUUCCACAAGGCAAUGAUGUAAUAAAGGCACUUCAGCACUGAUACUCACAGUUUCCAGGUGUCUGCCAAGGAAAAAUGGGCUUCCUUAGUUUGUCCACACACGAACAAUUUGGAAUAGUUGUACAUUAAGUAAUGUGGAAAUAUGUCAAUGAAACACCUCUUUUCCUUAUUUUCCCCCUUAAUUCUCCUUAUAAAACUUGUGUCUUUUGUCGUAGCCCUAUAUCCAUUUUGAUGUUUCUGUAAGUGCCUGACUUAAUCUUAAAGAUAUGAAUUAACGGUAGUUUAGGAAGGACCUACAUGGAUAAAUGGCUUUUUCUCUUUUUCACUAAAAGGCUUGUGGUAGCUCUCGAAGGAUUGACAUGGAAAUGGUAGUGGUUUUUGUUUGAUGCACAACGGAA